AGACUGGGAUGUGGAUUGAAUUGAAGGAUGGUUUGAUGACUAUUCCUAAAUAACUUAUAGAGGCAAAUAUAAAAAUGGUAAGAAAUUUGGUAUUUGGAGUUUUUUUUAGAAAAUUUGAUGAGAAAGAAUUUAAAUAGAGUAAUUAUAUUUCAAUGUUUUAGUGGUGGUGGAUUUUAUGAUGAAUUAGGUAAUGGUUUUAAGAUUGGGAUAUGGAGUGAUUUGAAUGACGACUUUAGGUAUAAUUGUUA